AUGGUCAGAGCCUACGCUCACCUAAAGGAAGCGACCCCAGUCGUUGUAGGUUACUUCGAUCCCUCGUCUUCUUGUUACAACAACUUGGGAAUUCACUUUGAUCCAACUGUGAAAAACUCGGCGCCUCGGUAGAAUUCGAAACCACGACAACAAGGGGAGGCUUUAUUGCAGCUAACGCUCUUACCAUUUGAGCUACGAGGUCCAUCGGACGACGCGAGUUUACUUACAUUUGGGUCAAGUUUACCCGCCAAACUUGCUACAACGUCUGGUACCACCAACUGUGAUACAGUAUGCUGACUACCCAAGCAGGAUCACCUUAGUAAUACAUCUAGAAUCCACCAGCUGACUACCAGGUUCGCGUGAUUCAUAGGUGUUAUGACAGAUUUCAGAUAAUUCACAUUGACCCAACUGUGAAAAACUCGAAGCUCAGAUGGUUAGAGCGUUGGCUGCACUAAAGCCUCUUCUUGCUGUCUCGGGUUUGAAUCUCACCCAGACACCGCGUUUCUCCAAUAAAAACACAAACAUAAGGCAAGUUAAAAAGAUAUUGCGGCCCUAUAGUCUCACCCCGCUUUCUUAAUCAAGUACUUAGCCUACGAAGUUAUCUUUCUGUACCACCUCACCUGCCAAAUUCGCCGACAAAGUACUCUUCGGUUAAUGGUCUCGAGUACAUGAAGAAAUAGUGCGUCUCAGUGACACCAGAGGAGCCCUUUAGUCACUGUUUUGCGUGACAUGGGUUGCAGUUUGGUUGAUUCUGUAUGACAGAGACAAAUAAUUGACAGUUCGACCAUCGAUUUCGAUGAUGUCCACCGUGUGCCCCACAGCAGGUUGGAGCAGGGACGGUGACUUGCGCAGGGGUUUAUAGUGCCAGUAGACUUGCGCUGCAUCUACCUACACUCUCUCCACCUCCCUCGCCCGAGCCCGGUGUCAAGACAGAGUCAAGAAGACCGGAGACGAGGGAGGCCGCAGGUGGAUGGCUCGGACGGAUCCUCACCUUGGCGUUCCACCACACCCCCUGGUCCACACAACAAUAACCAGGAUUUCAACCAACACAACAGAGAUUUGGAGGCUGGCACGGCCGAAGCCGCACCUAGGCGUGCCGCCAACGCCUGGCUCGGAUCCCACACUGUGGUGGGAGUGCCAUAAAGGCCACAUUAAAAUGCCUAGCAACAAGAAGGAGUAUCACCCUAGAAGCUUAGAUUUCAACUUUGGAAAAGCUGGCAUGGAAAAGUUUCCGAAGUAAGAUCCGACUCCAAUGAAGAAGUUGAAGGAAUGUAAUCGUAAUUUUCGAAAAAAUUGCCUUAAGCCUUUAGAGGUGUAAGAAGAUGGUCUCUUAGCUGCUCAAACUUGCUAUCAUCACGAAGGUUCUCUUUGGGAGACUACCAACUUGGCCGGUGAGGUCGCAUUUUCAUAUAAACCGAUGAUUGUCACAGUAGUCAUUGGGGGAAAAAAUUUCCUGUGGACUUACUUCACAAUGAUGACACUUUUAAUAGGUGCUCUGAGUGAUCUAAGUAAUUUGCUUGACUAAACUGUGAAAAUGUCGACGACCUCGGUGGGGUUCGAACCCAUGACAGCAAGUGCAAUGCUUUCAUUGCAACCAGCGCUCUGACCAGCUUAGCUACGAGGCACCUACCGAGAGCAGUGAGCUUAAUCACAUUUGGUUCUAGUUGCCCGCUCAGCCUAUCGGAACAUAUCGCAUCCACCAUUUCUGGUAAAUAUGACUGCCCAUGCAAGAUUUCCUAAGUAAUCAGUUUCGAAUCUGUUAGAUGACAGCUAGGCUAACUUACUUCGUGUGUUUUAACAGCUUUGUAUAAUUCAGUUGACCUAUUCGUGUUGAACUUGGCUUUUGUCGAUAUCGCCUUCUUGGAUACUUUGGAUGGCAAGCAAAUACAAGUAAGCCCUCUUUUGACGAUUGACAAGGGCCGCAAAUUGUUUCUCUCUAAUGUGAUUAAACGGUCUACAUCAACUCUUGAAGGGCACAAUUAGUUCAUAUAUGAAAUUCCCUAUUCGGCAGCCAAAAAUAGGUCGACUUCCUUUAACGUAUUUUUGUUAGCUAAGUCAUAUUUUCUGUACAUUGUUCAUCCUCCCUGCUUGCUGUCUUAAGAUAUUUUUAUCCGGAAGUACUGCAGCUUCUUUGAUGACUUUGGCAUAUUUGUUCGACUGUCGGCGUGACUGUACCUACAACUAAAGCCGGAGUGCACGAAGACUCAUUUCCACACAGCUCGCAAGCGUUGUUCGCGUGACCCUGCGACAUUGUUUUUUAACUUCAAUACAUACGUUCUCUUCUGUUGAUAGAAAUGAGUAGAUAAGGGCAGAGCUCCAUUCGCAGUGUCCUCUCGAGCGUCUACAUGUUUGCUUCGCAAAAUAUACUCUUUUCUCGGUUGAAUGGCGUCGCUGCAGCGUAAAUGGCCAUCAACAAGACACCAAGCCACUCCCCCUUUUCCCUGGAAAAGGCGGUAACAGCCACCCGGACUACAGACAGGACAGUCGAAAAUAAACCACCUCGGUCCGAGACAGCAAAUUCCCCAGUCUCGUGACACCUCUUGAGCAAAUCGUAGCCUGUCUGCAAAUUUUCUGUUCACACAUUGGCGUGCAGGAAACAUGAUUGACUCACUACAUGCUGCCGCGUUUGUCUCGGCGUCGAACAGGGGGGAGGGGGUGUACGCAUGUGUGCUCCAUCAAAGGGCGAGGUGUGGCCUCUUGCAGAUUCCAAAAGUCGGUGCGUUUGUGUGUGUGUGUGCGUGCGUGAGUGUGAUUUGCGCAGUUAGGAGCAGCUUCACGCAACGUACCCUUCGUCACUGAUUGUGGCUGCGGGGACCGCUCCCCUUGACGGAGGCGACAUCUCGCCGUCUGAGACGGCGCGUGGCAAAGAAACCUACUUGAAGGACUAUCUCGCUCUCUUCAUUAACGUCACUCCCCCUCCUCCUCCUCCUCCUCCUCCUCCUCGAAACUCUCCACGUCCAAAAGCCGCCCCAAACAUCACUGCCAACGAAAGGGUAAAUUUCUUAUGCAUGGUGCUUUGUUUCAUUUGUUUACAUGACACACCCAUUUUUGCUCUUUCUAACGUGUCGUGUAGGUAACACUAACUGACAUUUGA